GUUCAGAAGACUAUCUGCUUAAAAAACUACUCUUCCUCUUUAACUUCUUAUUGUUUAGUUAGUUCAGUAGCUCUUUCAGUUCGAACUUGCCGUUCCGAGUUGCUUCUCUCUGUUUCUGUGGUUAGUGAGUUAUGGAGUUGGAGCAGUUAUUCAUUCUUUCUUGAGUUCUAGUUUUUAGAGCUGUGUGACUAGCUUCCAUGAGCGGAUAGGAUCCUCUUCUAGGGCUCGUUUCGGAGUUAAACGAACGUUGUUCUUAAAUAAAUUAUUCCCUUCCCCGAGUUAGACUUUUUAAGAGAUGGGUGAAUAGACACCAGUGGAAUACCUUAAAAGAGAGCCGAAGGAAGAGAACUAGAGAGCUGGAGGGAGGGAAGGAAUAAAAUCCUCGAUUCAAGACAGUCUAAGAUCCUAGAGUCUUUUUCGAAUGCCCUUAAUUUCACUGAGAUCACCAAUUAAGAUUUCGCUUAUGGUAAAGGUUGCUAAGCGAAAGCCUCUCUGCAAUGAGGGAAAGCCACAGAAGCUGGCCUUACAAGAUAGGGGGGCUGUCCAAAAAAGGAGAUUCUUUGAGUUCAUACCCAGUAUAAAGAAGGGCAGCUGCUAAGAUCCCAAAUCGAGAUUGGCUAGAUGGGAGUAGCUCAUGCCCGGCUCGGGAAAUGAUGUUUGAUAAGUAAGAUGGAUUCGUUCGUGAAAGAAAAAAAAUGCAAUGGUGGGAAAUGAAUAGAAAUGGCUGGUAUGUUUUAGUCUUUCCCCUAAUGAGGUGCCGACAUCUGUGUUAGUUCCUAGGAGUGAUGUUACAACAUCCCUUAGUAAGAGCAUCCGAGAUAGCCAAAGAUCCGAAGGAGAAGCAAGAACAAAGGUGGUAGCACAUUAGAAUAAUAAGAAUUCAAAUAAAAUCCAGCUUAAAGCGCUCAAGGAACCCUAUUUCAUUUCGAGAUCCCUACCCCACAGAUUGAGACCGAGUUCCAGUUCCAUUUUAAUAAUUUUUUUCUAAACCAGCAUCAGUGACUAUCUAAGCACCACCAUAAAAUUACGGAACAAACUGUAGUUUGCGGCAGUUACUGUUUUUAUAGCCAUAGUCUUUCUUUGGUUCGAAAGCGAGAUUGAGAUCUAUAUUUUAUAUAAACCUCUGACGGAACGGAAUGCAACUUUUUCCUAUUGAUCCAGUUUACAUUUACUCAGUCAGUAGUUGGCCGUUGAUUUCAUUUAGUUGACCGAGAAUCAGGAGCAGCACCAUAAGGGGGAGGCAGCAUCUGAGCUAGUUUCAUCUGUCGAUUGAGUUGAAUCAGCAACAGAGCCGGUAGCCUCACCAAUCUAUAUAGUUCUUUCUCAACCAUCAGUCUUUGUAGAUUUAUUCCUUUCGUGCGUUCUUUUGAUCUAGCCAUAGUGACUCUCUAUCCGUUGUGGGAGUGAGUGUUUAGGCGGGGCCUAAGAAUGAAUGAUUUACGCGCUCCUUCGUUCAUAGCACGGAGUGAGAUGUCUAUGUUCCCACCAGAACCUACGUACGUGUCAAUCAAGGCCUUUUUUCUUUUUGCCUAUGAUGCCAUGCCUGCUGUUACUUCACUCGGUCAAUGGGGAUAAACCACUGUAUCUCGCUUUUUUUGAUGCUACUUAGACUUGAAUCAACCAACCGGAUCUGUUCGAUCUCCUGCGGCGAGUGCUGCUUCUUUGACCUGUGCUUCCUACGCCUUUGCCCGUGGGUCAAUUGCUCUUGGUUUUGGCACUCUAAGAGAGAGGAGGGGGGAUACCGUAAAUCCACUCUGCUACAGGCUAUUCAGCUAACCUUUUAGAAAAAUGUCUUAACUAAAAUAAAUAAGAGAAGAAAGCCUCAGAACGAAAGAAGGAUAAAGCAGAACUUGCGUAAGAUAGAAAGAUCUCUUAUCCCAUUUAUUGCCUAAAAAAGGGGACCUACUCUCUUUUCUAAAUCCAAUCAAUAGCCCGUUCCAGUCUAACGAGAUUCCUCCCUUUCACCUUUCAGUCGAUUAAGCAAUUGAUCCAGUCGUUGACGUUGCAGGUGAUUCUUAUGAUUCCCGUCCCGGCCACCACCUUUUUCUUUAAAAUCUGGAUCCAUAAUUAUGGCCGGUUAGCUACUGAGAUAGCGUGGCUAUUGAUGGGUGUUGAAUGAUUCUUGAUAACGUGGUUUAGAGCUAACAUAGAUUCAGUUGGGGUAGAGGUCUUGUAGAGCCUGAUUGACCAGUUUCCCUGAUGAAGAAGAAAAGAACUCGACUUUGCCAAAGACAUAUGAGGCAUACUCAUCUGAGUCUUCGGGUCCAGAAGUCUAUACUACCUCCUAAAUAGGACUCAUUUGGUUAAGCAGUAGAUCCAGCUUAUGACUCUAUUAGAUAGACGAUGCUCAGAUAAUCCAGUUCUCUAACGUUAACUAAGAAUACUAUAAGAGGAGAGGAGAAGUCGACUCAUGUACUCUAUCUACGAAACCUGCCGUGCCUUUAUCGUUGGGGAUAAUAUUCUUGAUGGCGAGUGGUUGAGUAUAUAAGAGAAAGGCAGCUUUUAGGAGUGAUCUUUCUUUACUUCGGAGUAGAAUAGGUGCAAGGGGGAUUACUCUGAACUAACUAAGCCUAAAGGCUAUCCAGCUUAAGGAUUAAAUUCUUUAGACGGGAAUACCCCGUCGGUAGCAAAGGCAGAAGGAAAAGGCAGGAAUGCACCUUAAGGGGGAGUUCCUGGGUCACGAGCUGGGCUUGCACCAGCGCUUUCCAGAUGCAUGGUCCGGAUUUCUUUCUGAUCGUUUGAUAACUCGGUUCGUCCUCGACAAAAGGCAAGACUAAUGAAGACUACAUCCGGGGGGAGAAGGGGUUCUUCUCCCAAAGUCCGUCGGGCCGACGACAACCCGCGGCAACCAUACCAAGACCUAACGAGAUAUUUUUAUCUCUCCCUCCGUUUUUGGCGCCAAAAACCAACCUGUCAGCCCGGCCAGGGCGCACGGAGGUGUGUCCCGGAAAAAAAAAUAAAUACACCAAUCCCGAUCCAUUAGGUUCUUCGAUGUGUUCGUUUACAAAGUCAGUCAGUCCCUUUGAUCUUUCUCCCAAUCGGCAAUUCUCACAGCUAACUCUAUGUGGAGUUUGGAAUUCCUAAAUUAAUCUUUAUGUUCGACCAUAUCUUCUAGAAUGUUAAGGAUUAUGAGUCGCUUCCCUGGGGAAGCUCUUUCGAGCUUCAGAUCCUCCGGACAAAGUUUAUUUCUAACUGUGGAGGAGGUUCUCCGCCCGCCCUUUUAUAAUAUAGAAGAUUCGGAGAAUCUUUUCUUUUAACCAUGAAGGACUAGGAGCUUCCGGCCCCAUGACCUCGGUUGGUUGAUUCGUAGCAAGGGGCUCCUCCUGGUUUGGGUCCGAAGAUGACCCCUCCUCUGGAAAAAACCACUUAUCUAUCCACGAGCCACUCCACGAGGAAGAGGAGGAUGCACCACCUAAGGGGCCCGCUGGAGCAGGAGCUUGCUGUGAAGCUGGCAGGUCCAUCGGUGGGGUUUGGAAAGCAGGGCUUUGUUGGCCGCUGGAUGGUUCGGGAGCGGAACUUCCCUAACGAUCUGAGGAGAGGUUUAGGUACUGUUUCCAAUUUCCCUCGUUGGUACAUUACAGGUUCCACCCUCACUCUCUCCCUUACGCUGUGCUCUACCUCUCGGGCUAGUUUCAAGUUCGAUCAUAGACGCAAGCAAUCUAGUAUAGCAAGCCUGCCUUUCAAAACAAAAGGCUACUCCUUUCUUUCUUUGCAACUGGAAUAGAGGGACUGCUACUUCCGAAUCCGGGAAGUCCUUCUCGAAAGAGUCAUCUAAGGCUUUUCGACUUCAACUUGCCUUUAAGCCGGCCAGGCCAGUCUGCUUCUUCGAGUGAGGACUUGCUCGGCCCAGCUCGGUUCUCUCACUACCCGAAAUCCUUAUCUUAUAUAAUAUGGAUCCGGGCAUUUCCCUUAAGAUCCAGCGCCUGCAGAAGUAAAGUGAUAGGAGAAGCUGCUGGUGGGAAAUCUCUAUUCAUCACACCCCUCUCACCCGAGCCUCCUGGAAAGAACCUUGGUCUCCAAUCUGCAGAUGAGUGUCUUCCCUCUUAUCCCUUCCCCAUUGUUUGGGUUUAAUUUCAAGAGCUUGCCUUAGUAUGAAUCCCAUCUACGGCUGAGUCAAUAGCACCCUCCAACUUUAGUGAUUCAAUUGCAAACAGAAAGACAACUGCAGUUGCUGGACUAGCACUUCAAUUAGCUGUGACAGUAUCCGUUGGUGCGAGUGAGCGUUCCCGCUGCAUCGAGAAUGGUAAAGUCUUCAAUUAACCGGUGUAAGCCUAUCCACUCUUACUAUGAGGGUUUCCGGUGUGCUAGAAUAAGCAGCUAUAGAAUCUGCCUUACCUUCUUGACUGGUGUUACCGGUAUGGGAGUACGAGUAGUUGGUGGUGAAGGCAAUGAUAAUUGUCGUGGGGGAGAAGUUCGAAUCCGUUCCGUUCGGAUAUUGAUCGGUCUUGGUUUGACAUGGUUUACGCGUUACUGGUUCCCGGAAGAGUUAAUAUCUCCAUUAGCUAAACCCUUUCUUACCCUGUCUUUGGACUCGUAUUUUGUUUGUACACAAUCAACGGAGGCCUCCCCGACAUAUGUUGCAACGUCUUCAAUAGCAUGUUCUUACUUCGUCUUUCCCUUAAUAAGUCAUCAAAUUUGGUGCUUUUUGAUCCCCAGUUGCUAUGGGGAACAAAGGAGGAAAUACAAUCGAUUCCUCUAUUUAAGUGGUUCUCGCUUCUCCUUGUUCCUGUUCCUAACUCUUCCCCGGGUAGUUCCCAAUGUUUGGUACUUUCUAUACUUCGUGGGUGCAACAUCAACAAAUUCGCUCAUGAUCAAGUUACAACCUAAGAUCUAUGACCAUAUUAUGCUAACUGUUCGUAUUUCGUUCAUUCCAUCGGUAUGCUCUCAGGUACCUGUAAUUGUGAUCUGUUUGCCAGAACCAAGGGGUCUUUCUGUGGAAACCUUCACGAACAAUCGUCGUUUUUUGAUGGUUUUUCCGCUUCUCACCGCUGCUCUUUCCACACCUCCGGAUAUCUGGUGCCAAAUCGUCGCCCGUUUCCUUAUUUCUUCGAUAAUUGAGUUGACUAUCUUUGUGGCAUCGAUUGUACAAGUUCGCGAAGAGGCUGGACGAGUGGAAUGAGGGAAAGCGGCUCGAUUGACAAAAAAUAAGAGUAGCCCCCUAUAACCUGGCAAAGUAACUAUAAAAGAAUUCCCGAGUAAUUCUCAACCAACAUAUGCGAUUCAUUCCCGUCUUAAAAAACAAAUAAGACUUAUAAAUCAAGCAGUUAGGAAGUCCUAGACUUUAAGCCAGGCUGCUUAAUUAUUCUAUUGAGUUGCCUACCCUCAGGUCAUUCGCUGCCUUAAGCCCUACAGUUUCUUCGCUAGCCGUUGUUGGGACUUAGUUCAGAGUUAGCCUAGAAAGGAAAGGCUUUGAAAGCAAGUAAAGCAUUCCAAUCCCAGCGGAUUAAUCAAUAGCAGUAGAGUCGUAAACAAGAACAGCAGAGGCUGAACAAGUCACUUCCUUAGAGCGUGAACAAAACAAUAAGUUAGGUCGUUUGAUUAUAAAAUUACUACUGUUUGUUUAGGAGAUUUAUUGAACAAGCCUUCUAAAUAAAGGCGAAGAAGAUAGUAAGUAAGAGUAGUGGCAUUCCCAGUGGUCCUUGCCCCUGUAGUUGCAGUGGAAGUUGCAGAAAAACUGGAAACAAGCGCAGGAAUCCAUUUCAACUGAGAAUUCUAUAAGAUAGUUUACAUCUCAAAGUUUCACUUAAAUCUCUUCUCACUAGAGACCGUGGAAGAUCUCCUUUGAGCCCUAUUAGGUUAUGCCGGAUUCUCUAUCGAGCGAGCGCCUUCAAUCCAAUCUCUUUUUAACUGCUGUUUACUUGCUAAGGAAGCAUCUCGUGCAAGUUCUGUUCCAUCCCGCCCAUUGCUAGGCUAAUCCGCUGCAUUGCCAGUUCUCUUGGAUGGGGUUUCCUUCCCGGCAGUUUGAGUAGAAGGGGAAGUUGGAGGAGUUUCUAGGGCCAUUCUCCUGCGGUUUGAGUUUGAGUUCCAGUGGCAGUUGGACUCUCUUUCGAUAGCGAGCCAGGCACAGUUGGAGUGUCAGUUGAAGUCGUGGGGUAAGCCCCUCCAGACAAUCCUGGUUUUCUUGCUUUCCUUGUAGGAGUCUUUGUACCAGCCUUAGCCAAUCCAUCAGUGCCUGUCCCGUACUUAUAUUAAAGUGAUUUCGCCUGAGGAUAGUAUGCUUAUUGGUCUAAUAUCAUAAGCAGUUGUAGUGCUUCGCCCUUUGAUUCCUGGGAGAUCUAAAGCGCUAAUUGAUACAUUUCUUGCUGUCCUGUGUGAGUUGCUUGCCAGACAGAAUCCCUUCUAGUUGUAAGCUCUUCCCCUGCGCCCUCCCUAUCUUAAUCCCUCGCAUGUCGAUCCAGCCGAGAGAAUAGGGAGAGUCCAUAGUAGCAUUCCAUAGUAGUUCCUUGGUUACAUCCGGCUCAAAAGAAGACAUUUCCAGUUUAGUAUAGCAUAUUUUUACCUUGGAUGUAGGUCGAAUAAGGAUUCUCAUUUCUAUGGGCGAAAUCGGAUUUUAAGUUACCUUGCUCCCGAGUCCAAACACGCUAAGGGGCUAAGAGCCUAAUUGUAAUGGCAAUAUGUUUCAUACCCAUCUACCGAUCUGACAGGCUAAGGAGCUAAAAUGAGCUAACUAUCUGUAUUCUCCUAACGUUCUUAGGCCUUCUAGAAUACUCUUUCUGGACCUUUUGGAAGAUCUCCGAGUGAAGGAAAAAGAGUAUCCAUAGUUACACCUUUCCAAAGGGGGGCAGUUCCCAGUGAUCCAAUUGCUUGCCUUCUAUCUAAGAUGGUAGGUUCAAACCAUCCAGUUUGAGUGCUAGCUUCCAUUGCUAUUGUAAAGCGAGUUGAAGUUUUUUUACAUCUUUGCCGGCCAGUUUCAAGCUAUCUAGUUGCAGUCUCUGCCCGGGGUAAGAUUAAGGUUUCCCCUUCUUCAAAUUACCUUCUUCAAGCGAUCCAAUAGGGUCUAGUGCCCUUUGCAAGGCUUGUUUAUUUCAAACAGAUUGGGACCUCAGUUUUUAGGUCUUAUCCUCUUUCAAUGGAGAGGGUAAUAUGAAAAAGCAAUAAAUUUAUAUUUCUUGCAAGACCUUCUUUUUCUUGACAGCAUUUCCUUAUGUGAAAAGGUUGAUUCCUUCUAAGUCAUACAACCACUCUGCUCUAAGGCUCAUUGAUCCGCUCCGGGUUGGAAGACUUAUACUAGCUAGCUUGGCAAGGUAGGUAUAGUACUUGGUUGGAGUAGUUGAUAGCACACGAGUAGAUUCGAUUGGAAUUAAAAUAAAAGCGUAUUACUAGAACAAACUAUCAAAGUAGGAAUCUGCUCCUCCUAUUUUAUAAUGAGAUGGUACUAGGUUAGGUGUAUUAAAUAAUGUCUCUGGUUCUAUCCUAGGAAAUCGUAAUGAAAUGUGAAUCCCUGUGUCUUGACCCUAUGAUCUUAUUGGUAAUUAAUCAUGAAGCCAUAAUUUUAUUUAUCUCUCUGUCAUCUAGUGAUCCACUAACAACUCUUUAUCAAUCGAACCGCAGUCAAGGAAAUAAGCUAAGUAUCCUUUGUUGACUCCUCUUUGCUAAAUGUAUUGGAUGCAGGGGAAGAGGGGGGACUCCGGAUCUACGCUCUUGUAUGAGUCACUCAUUAUCUGAGAGUAGGAAGCUCAAAGAAUUAUACAUUCCAAAGAAGUUUAUUUCACUUAACUUUGCUUCUCUAUUAUAAUAGUUAUAUUAUAGGGGGACUUCUCUUAUCACACACAUUUGAAAGCAUGGAAGCUCUACUAGAGACUGAGUCAUCGGUUAGACUACUGGGGGUCCCUAUAGAAUGGCUCACUCUCAUAUACUCCAAUCAGGAAAAACCUUUCUCCGACACUUGCUUUCCAACUCUCUACUGGUCUAACGCCAUUGAUACGGAUUGUACUGAUCGUGGGGGAAGAACUACAAGUGUUACGAGCCGAUCACCAGACUCAGCGAGAAGCAUUCCAGCUCCAUCAGCUUCUAAUACGUCAUUACCGGGGUCAGCAACUCCUUCCUCCCGAGAGUACCUUUACUAGACUAGAGCAGUUCCAGCAGCAACUACAUCUCCAACUAGAAAAACUAAAUUAAUGAAAGUUAUACUAUCGUAUAGUCGACUAAAGUGUAGUGUGUUCCCCUUUAUUAUCUAAAUCUAAGCGAUGAUUUUCGUGUGCUGGUUCGCUAACUAACUUACGAGAGUUAUUGAAAACAAGAGUGCUAUGUCCUAUAGUCUAAAGCAGAUCUUUACUAAGGUUCCUUUACCAGUGGAUAAAGUCUUGUAUUUAUUUAGUAAGCCAAAGGGGGAGUUUUCUAUCCCGACCAAGUUUAAAUAGAGGUGUGAAGUUUUCAUUCUUUUAAUUAACGAGAAUUCUUAGAGAGAGCCAUUAGUCUGUGAAAGAUAAUCUAGUAAUCUCUCCUUCCUCCUCCUCCAGUCGACCCUUCGUUCUUGUUUUUCUCUUGCUAUAGUAAGCUAAGUUCUCUCCUUAUGACAAGCAGUCAAUGAAGAAAGACAUGGUUGAGUCAGUCGAAGAAGCAAAUGCUCUCGCCUUAGGGAAGCAUACACACCUACUGCGAAUUAGAGAGACCUGACCUACAUUCAUUAAUCAUCUCGUAGGAAUUUCCCUUCUUUGCUUUCUUUCAGUUCCUUGUUCCUUCCCUUGUUGGUUCACUUCACAAUCUACAAGCUCCUUCUUUCGGGGACAGGGACUCCGAGGGGGUGAGUGCUUUUCCGGGGAAGCACGCACACAGCGCUCAUUUAAAUUGACUUUGAAGCGAAAAGAGGAAGGCAAAAAACGGAAUCUCGCAGGUGCCCCAUCGGAACGGGGACUCUACGCUCACCGUUGGUCAAUCCAAGUGGCAGCGCGCGGGCAUGGUAGGGUGGCCCGUUAGUACAGGGAAGUCCUUGUUCUCGAGUGAGAGUUUCUUCAAGGCCUGAAUUCGAGGCCUGUUCUGAAAGCGAGAUUGUAUUCCGGCAACAUGGCCCCGAGAAACGUCCAUUUUGAGGCCUCUGAGAGGAUUUGUAAGAUGCAGCUGAGUGGCAGCUUCAAAACAAACGUUAUCCGGAACCUAUGAAUCUCAUCUGGACUCUACGCCUACAGCAGCAUAGGUAGCGGGCAUUCCAGCAGCGAUAGGCUUCGCUUGCUCGUUUCACCCCGAAUAAGACUCAUAUUCGAGGCCGUGAAAAGCUUCCAUGUUGCCAUACGUGAUAGGGGCCUCCUACCUGAGCUGCACCAACUACUUGAGAGGGCAAGGGAGAUCAAUGUUGCCGUAGCUACUAGUCCGAGCUACUAUACUAACCCGAAAGCUGGCCUUACUAAUCUAAAGCUACAGCGGCUACAGUUGGCUUCCAAGACGGGGGGACGGGCUUCUUAGUCUCCUUUAGGGUGCAAUAAGAAGUCGAGGUCUCACGAGCCCACUAAAGGAAGGUGCAAGAUCUCGGUUCGGGUAGCCAGCUAUAGUAGCAGUGGCAUCUCUCUCAGCUGGUUCAGGUGGGGCUGCUCGAGUUCUAGUUGGGCAAUCAAUAGCGGGCUGACAUUAGUCGCAAUAGAUAGAUUCUCAUCCUUGCCUUUUUACAGAUUACUUGGGGCAUUAGCUUCUGCUUUGCCUUCCGUCGCAGCCUUACCCUUACUCUGAAAAGAGCUUAUACUACUCUCUUUAAGGGCGUGAUACCAACUGGAGCGUAAAAAACCACCGGCCUUUCGGGGAAAGGAUCCUUUCUGUUUCGGCGACAGAAGGAGCCGCCGGAAGUCCUUUCCUUUCCCUUAACCUUUUCUACAUUUUAUUGUCCUGGUGGAUACAUUGGUAAUUAUACUCACAAUGCGAUCCAUCUCACACGAGCCCAUUUUAAAGUAGCUUUCUCCCAUUUAUAAGAGGGAACAAGACGUACUGGUUCAACGAAAUCCGAACUUCAAUCAUUAAUUACAUUAAAGCAAUCGUUAUCCAAAUAAGUCUCUCUCUAUUUCAAGCAAGAGCUAUUCGUUCGUAUCCUUACUCUCCAUCCACUUUGUUUAAUGGCCUUUGAGGAAGGAGGGAUCGAGCUUUAUAGGUAAAAGGACAGAAUAGGCCUUAUUAUAACUGGUUAGAUAAAUGGUAAAAGGUCAUAUUUUUUUUAAUAAAAGCGGAUGAACCCUUCUCCCUGAAUCCGAUGCGGUUACCCGGAAUCAGUACCAAGUUCAGUUGCCUAAGUGACUCAGAAAAUCACUGAGUGACUCAGUUGCGGUAAAGACUAUCACUCUAGAUUGAACUCUCGUACGUAAGGCCCCUCCCCUAUUGAUAGGAACUCUAACUCCAACCUCGGACUGGCUUUUGCAGUCAGAAAGUUGGCAAAUGAACGAAGGCGUGGAGAACAAAGCAGUCGAACCGCCGAGACCACUUUACCGAUUCCAUUCAUUUAUAGACGAACACUCGCCAAGAAAGCGAAAGAUUUCAAGUUCCCGCUGGCGUAUUCACUUAUUUAAUACUUAAGGCUUUACUUGCCUUAUUAAUUGUAUAUAUAAUUUUUUAGAGAGGAAAGAGAGUCAUCAAAUACCUCUCGUUCCAACUAGGUAACUGCCUUAGCUUUCUUAUCUUUUUCAGUCAGAUCGGGAACUCUCCUAUCUCCUUUCUCAUUCUGUUAAGACUCUCUCCUUUCCUCCCCAAGGGCUUUCUCAUUCUGUUAAGGUUGUGAAGCCCACCCAGUGUGUUCUUAGUUGAAGUGCCUUCCUCCUCAGGGUCGGUUUUAGAACCUUUGAACAUCCAGCACUAAUGAUGCGGCCGAGCAUCCUUACGAACAACCUGUCCUUACAAACAUCCUCGAGAAUUUGACUUCCUCAGUGGGUCCUUUCUGCCUCGGGCAUAAGCCUGUACCGAGCCAUUCAUUUUUCCAAUCGAAAGCAGACUGAGGGGAAAGAGAACAGAUCUCCUCUCUAUUCUUAGAGAGUCAGAAAGUCUCAUUACAACUAGGGCCUUAGAUCUUCCUCUCAAAAGUGAGUCCGAACUGCCCCUUCUUUCUAUCAAUAUCAGUACGCCCAUAUAUAGUCAAAGAGGGAAUGCCGAAUGCUACUAACUAAGAAGCUCUUGGAGAAUCAACUUCAAGUCUUUUCGACGAAUCCACUGCUUGAGAAUCUAUCCCUUUCUUACCGAAACUGACAUCCAUAUAAUAGUCUAAGGAAUAUGCCCACAAUCAGACGAUAGAGGGAGAUAAUCCUACCAAACCAGCAGCCAUACACAAAAAGAGCCCUAGAAGCCAGAACUCUUAACUAACCCUUAGGCGAGCGAAGGGACUCCCCAUACGGGACCGGGGAGGCACGAGCGGGAGUAAGAAGAAGAAGCAGCACAUUCAUCUUCCUCUAUAAGGGCUUACAAGACGAGACCUAGGUGGCACGUUCCCUUAAUAAUUCCUCGCCUUAGGUCAAUCAGUUCUUCGCCAUGCCUUCUUCAUCAUGCGUCACUAUUUGAUUCUUUAUUUUCCUCGGGAUUUUAAUCCAUCUCCCCUUAGAGCACCAGCCUUUAUUCCGCAUCGAGGAGCUGGUAUAAUAAAGAAUUUGGGUGCGAAGGUCUUAGGCGUCUUUCGAUGAGCUAGACUACAAGUGAAGAAAUCGGCUUCUCAGCCUAGCUAAAGAAAGUGAGGCAGCACUAUUCGCUUGAAGUAAAGUGUCACUUGCUUGCACAAGCCUUCUAUAUACGACCCCUUCUUCUUCACUUCUUCGAGGAGGUGGCUUAAAAGCUGCUCCUUUAAAGAAUGCCACCCGCUUCAAGUAAAGUAAGAAGUCCCAUUUAUUCCUCUAAGCGUUUAUUCCGCUAGUCUGCCCCGAAAGCAGAACAAACACUCAUAGCAUAUUGUCGAAGUCUGCUUUGCUCCAUCUGAGGCUAGGCACCUAAUCUCCCAAAAAGAAGACGAGGGCGAAGGUCUCGUAUCAACCCGAAUUGUCUCUUAGCUUUGACUUAAUAUAUGCAACAAAUGCUCUCACUUAUCUUGCUGUUGAGAAUGGGAUGCUAAUCUUUGACACCGAAUCGAGCCUGAUAAACUGCCCGGAUACCAUUCCUGCUAACGACUUUCCACUCAGCUCUCCUCGACUUCUCUUAGUCUUAUUGACCACUCUUGCCUAGCCUAGCUCAGUCGAGUUUGACCUCCGCUCUCCUAAAUAAGGAAGGAGUCUUUUCCGUCUUAUCAUCUUUACGUUAACGGGAAUCCAGAUCUUCGUCAAGCUUUCGCAAACCUAUCCUUCACCUUUUCUAUUUUUCCCCUUCCCCUAAUCUAGUAGCAUUCUUUCCUCAAGUUAUCAUACCCCAAGGGACAGCUUUCCGCCUCCUUUCGAGAAUCUAGCUUGGUCCUUUCUUUUACACCUUGUGGAAAGUGGAGUGCAUAAGCCCUUUUCGAAUUAGAUAUAGUAUUUUAUAUAUUACUAAAAACUCAAAGCGUAUCGAAGACCGGUUGAAAGAGCGCUUGAAUGUCUUGAACCAGGACGAGUCAAACUUUGGAUGUUCUUUGGGGCAGCAGUCGCAAAGGCCCACUUACUACUCAAUGCAGCACUGAAGCUCAUCACAUUUUUGGGAGAAGGCGACACCAGAAAACGAUAGAGGUUCGACGAAAAGCGGGCAUAGAUUCGAGAGAGGGAAUGAAAGACGCUCGAGUGAGUGCCCUAAUAUAGAUAUGGAGGGAAUUCAAUAAGUGUAAGUAAGUUGGACUCUCAGAGAGGAUAAAGUGGGUUGGCUUCAGCGAGGACACCGCCCCUACUACUCACAUCCACUAUGAGACAAUCAGAAUAUCAGAAGAGAACAAAUUCCACACAACAAAGGAUACGGUUCACUAGGUUCUACCGGAUAUGGUAUCAGCUGCCCAAGCUACAUAACCUGAAAGGAAUCAUGUCGAACGUACGUAGUUAUAUGUUGAAGUCAUAGUUUGGAUUAUCUCGUCUAGAUUGGGUUGGUGUUCAGUGAAUAUAGAUAAAUAAACUCAAAAAGAGCACCGUGCUAUACUGGCAGAGCACCUCUUCAGAACUCUAUACCCGGAGAACUACAUGAAUGGGUUGGUUGCUUAGCAGCUGUGAACAAGACAGACCGGAUAAGGGGAGUUCUCUCUCUAAUGGAGUUGAUGGAAUAGAGAAAGAGAAUCUGAUAACCCCGGUUUAAUAAAGAAGAUAAUGUUUCCGCGUAUCUGUUCCUUCGGACUGUGUACAACAUUGGACGUCGAUCCGGAUGGGUUUUCUUUGCACUGUAUCUUAAGCAGUGUUCAGUGAGUCUGAAGUUGAUGUACGGGGGGCCCUUCUAAUUCAGAUUAACGUCCUUUGCUACGCUUACUCCUGCUCUUAUUGGAAUCUAAGCCUAUAUAGAGAAGAUAUAUGUCAAAUAGCUUCUUCGAAGCAUUCUGACUAAUACCGGGGAUUCUCCAAAAGUCACUUUCACACUGUAGAUUCGCCAACUACCGAUGGGGAUCGACACUACUUCCAACACUAAGAUUUGGCUUAGACUAAAGCUACGAUAAACAUUCGAAACGAGAAAACGACUAUUACUCGAACGCGUACUACUGCCGCCCCUGUCUUACCUCCUCCUCCGGUCUAAUAAAAAGAGAGCUAACACGUACUACCAAUAAGAGAAUUAGACUUUCGCUAGGCGCUGAAAGCCCUCCUCUACCGGCUGCAGACUCUGUCUUAGUGUUUCCCUUCGGUAAGGAAUAAUAGUCCUAACACCUGCUAACAAGAAGAUUUAUUAUCUAUUAUCACUACAGGGCGCCGUCCUUGGUAACGCAGCAGACAGUUCCUUUAGUGCAUUAUACCCGGAAAAUUCGACCGGAGGUGCUUUCAGGAGUCUUAGUUCCAGGAAUAAUGAAUCAAAAACAAACACUGCCGAUUCCCCUUUAAGCAGCUACCUUUAAGCCACUCUAGUUUCAGUUUUCACUUUAACAUUUAACAGUAGUUAACCCUUUCUUUUAUUUAUUUUAUAGGAAGGACGCCUAAAAAAAAGGAAAAGAAAGAAAAAGAAGACAGACCCAUGCAAGCCUAAGCCUAUAAGGCUCUAGCUCUACCUUCUGUUCUGUUGCAUUAUCCGCCCAACUCCACAUCACCAAGAGCCACCCUUACGAACUUAUUUUAUGCCCGGAACCCUAUCUCAAGUUGGUAGCAUGUCUCAGCGCCUCUCCUUCUUUGUGCAUCCCAAGCUGCUGACUUUCCCUUCUCCUAUUAACUAAAAAAGCAUUCCAACUCAGUUUCAGUUGAAUUGGUUGAAUUAGAUCGAUCCUCUUCCCGAGCGAGCCCUUAACAUGUGGAUUGACCGACAAUGGAUAUGAUAUGUUUCGGCCGGGGAUCCCUGUUAGUGCGAGUUCCUUAUGACUUGACUGCUCCUCUAAUUGAACAGCGCCUUGGGAUAGCAAUAAAGCUAAAGAAAUCUUUCCCAGCAUAAGGGGAGAUUGCAAUCCAUUCGUCCCGUCCUAAGAAGGUCAGGUUCGAGUGCGGCCUUUUUCAAGGAUAGUGUAUCCUCUUCUUUCAAUAAUCAAGAUUAAGCUGACUUGAUAGAGGCACAAAGGACUCAGUCUUGUAAUAUGGAAUGGAAGAUCAGUUGAAGAAUAAAGGUAAGCCGAGCGUUAGGGCGGCUAGUUUUCUCCGUUCAAGCUUAAAACAAGGCAUAGGUAGAUAUAAACUAUAGUUUAACCUGCCAUGCCAGGGAAUUUGGAAUUUCCCUUAGUGUGAAAGGAUGAGUUCUCUAUCUCACUUCUCUCUUGAAGUUCCUUUCCUUUCUCUUCUCCUGUGACCUACCUUUAAGACAGCAAAGAAAGGCUCGUUAGCUAUAGUAUAGGCUUGAGCAGGGAUUAUCUUUCUAAAGCAGCAGCACCCCGAGGCAGAAGUCACUUCACUUGAGCUAGGGCAAGAUUAAUAAAUCAUAUUCUAUUGCAGAGAGGGAAUCGUUUGAGUCAUUGAAUUACGAUAGGAAUCCGCCUUCUUCUUUACCGGUAGGAGAGUUCAGUUCAAAAUCCCUAUUUCAACUUCAUACAGACUGGCAAUGAUUCGAACUUUUUAUUCUUAGUAGCCUUUCCCUAUACCUGUUUUCUUUCCUCGGGACUAUAGGAUUUAUAGCUGCUCAGUCCGUUGACGGUAGGAAUUGCUAUUCACUAUUCAGUCAGGAAUGGAGUGGAGGGGUUACCGAUCCAAUCCUAUCUUCUAGACUAACUAAUAGGAGCUAAAUACACUCCCUUUCACUUACUAAGACACUAGGCAAUGGGCCCGCAUACACAGUUCCUCGCUGACACCUUAAGCUAAAACAAAAUAAGAAACAGACCUUUCACCGAAACAUGGAUAAUAUUAUGAAGUCGUCGUUGAAGUCAAAAGCGGAAAAGUAAACAAAAAAAAGCGAUAAGUAGGCUCGCUAUUGCGAGCUAUACGAGCUGUUUGCCUUUAUACGGCUUGAACUCAUUUGUCAAGCAAGCUACAAGAGAGAGCGGCCCAGCCGCCCACUUUUAGUUAAUAAACCAGUUCGGUCACUAACAAAAUGGGGAGCACGAGCCCCCCACACACUCCCAGAAACAGUUGGGGCAAUGGGCCGCCCCCUUGAUCAAGCCCUCGCUACAGGCCCCGGCGCAGCCGGCGGCCGCCUCAUUGGUCGUCACUUUGGCGGCCCCUUCCACAAGGGGGGUUUGUUGGGGCUGGGGGGUGGCCCCCCCCCUUGUGAACGGCCCCUCGGUACGGGGCGGUUCCAGCACCGCCGGCUGUAGAAUGUUCUUCUCUAGCGGCGCAGGUAUGGGAAAGGACAGGGGUCUGAAAGCUUCCCCUGUUUGUGGGAUUAAUUGAUUGGAUACCCGAGAACCAUAAUCUUUACUAGGAACAGCUUCUACGACGAUAGGCGUAAAGGCAUGAUUAGUUCCACAAAUCUCACUGCACUGACCAUAGUAAACCCCUUCUCGUUGUACCGAAAUAGAUAUCUGAUUUAAACGACCAGGUACAGCAUCACAUUUGACACCUAAGGAAGGUACAGCCCAACUAUGAGGUACAUCAGCAGGUGUUACAAUAAUACGUAGAUGAGUUUUGGCUGGUACAACCACUCUAUUGUCCACUUCUAAUAAACGUGAUUGACCCAAUUCUAGAUCAUCUUCCGGAAUCGUAUAACUGUCAAAAGUGAGUGACUGUUCAUCGGAACUGUUAUAGUCUGAAUACUCAUAAGUCCGAUACCAUUGAUGUCCAAUAGCUUUGAUAGUCAUGGCUGGAUCUACUACUACCUCGUCCAUUGAGUAUAACAGAGCAAAUGAUGGUAUAGCAAUGAACAUCGGGAUGAUACUAGGAAAUAUGGUCCGAAGAAUCUCGAUAGUAGUUCCAUGAACAAUCCUUUGCGGGAUUGGAUUUUUUUGAUAGUGGAAAUGCCAUAAAGCGCGAACCAAGAUCCGUGAUACGAAAACCAAAAUAAGAAUGAGGAAGAAAAAGAUAUCGUGAUGUAAGUCUAUUAUUCCUUGCAUCAUAGGUGUUGCUGCGUCUUGAAAUCCUAAUUGCCAUGGUUCCGCUGCAUCACAAGGAGCAAUCGUGAGGAAUAGCCAUUCUAAUUUCAUUUGCUUUGGUUCAUUUUUUAACUGCUCCCCCCAACAAGAGGAAAGACUUGUUUGUUGUAAAUCGCUGGUUGGGUUUACCAAUCAAGAAAGACAUGAGA